GAGGCCACUCCUGACCUACCCUCGCCCACCCCGUCCCUCUCGCGCUCCUGCCGCGGGAGGCGGGAGCGGCCGGGUGAGUCAGCGCCGGCUCGGGGGGGGGCGCCGGGGCGGGGCGGGCCCGCCAGGCCCUACAAAAAAAAACCCGCCCGGGCUGCUGCCAGAGCAGUCGCCGCUGCCAGAGCAGUCGCCGCCGCCAGAGCCACACGCCCGCCCGCCCCGGCCAGCAUUCUUUCAAGAUGUCUACUGUCCAUGAAAUUUUAAGCAAGCUCAGCCUUGAAGGAGAUCAUUCUCUCCCACCAAGUGCAUAUGCCACAGUUAAGGCCUAUUCAAAUUUUGAUGCUGAACGGGAUGCUGCAGCCAUAGAAACUGCCAUCAAGACCAAAGGUGUGGAUGAGGUCACCAUCAUCAACAUCCUGACAAACCGCAGCAAUGAACAGAGGCAGGAUAUUUCUUUUGCCUAUCAGAGGAGAACCAAAAAGGAACUUGCUGCAGCGCUCAAGUCUGCUCUGUCAGGUCAUUUGGAGGCAGUGAUCUUGGGCUUGCUGAAGACACCAGCACAGUAUGAUGCCUCUGAAUUGAAAGCUGCCAUGAAGGGUCUGGGAACUGAUGAAGACACACUCAUUGAGAUCAUCUGCUCACGAACAAAUCAGGAGCUUUGUGAAAUUAACAGGGUUUACAGGGAAAUGUACAAGACAGAACUGGAAAAGGACAUUAUAUCAGACACAUCUGGUGACUUCCGCAAGCUAAUGGUUGCCCUGGCCAAGGGCAAAAGGUGUGAGAAUACCUCUGUGAUUGACUAUGAGCUGAUUGACCAAGAUGCUAGGGAGCUCUAUGAUGCUGGUGUGAAGAGAAAGGGAACUGAUGUCCCCAAGUGGAUCAAUAUUAUGACCGAAAGAAGUGUCCCCCACCUGCAGAAAGUGUUUGAAAGGUACAAGAGCUACAGCCCAUAUGAUAUGUUGGAGAGCAUAAAGAAGGAGGUUAAGGGAGAUUUGGAGAAUGCCUUCCUAAAUCUUGUCCAGUGCAUUCAGAACAAGCAGCUGUAUUUUGCGGACAGACUGUAUGAUUCCAUGAAGGGCAAAGGAACCCGUGACAAGGUUCUGAUCAGGAUUAUGAUAUCCCGCUGCGAGGUUGACAUGCUAAAAAUUAAGAGUGAAUUCAAGAGGAAAUAUGGAAAAUCUCUCUAUUAUUUCAUCCAGCAAGACACAAAAGGGGAUUACCAGAGGGCACUGCUGAACCUCUGCGGUGGAGAGGACUGAAAGCUGUGAUGGAAGAAACCCAAAUCCAGAGACAUGCCUUUUUUGCUCUUCAUCUUACUGUAACCCUAGAAAAAAAUGACUUGCUUAGCUAAGCUUGACUUGCCUUUAUAUCUGUAAGACCACUGAUGCAGUAGGCUUUCCAGUGCUGCAUGCACAUCUCUCAGCGGCAGUGGUCUGCUUGGCUCUGCUAAACAUCCUAACAGUGUAUCACCAGAGAAACUAACCUUCCAAAGAUAAAUGAGGUUACAAGUGCUUGUGAAAGACUCUGCCUCUAUGUGCAUUAUGUUUCUAAUAAAACAUAAAUAAAACUGAAGUUUUACUUUAA